AUGCACCCGCCAUACAAAAUUAAUAAUCCAGACCAUUAUGAUAAGGUUGUUUGUGCUGAAAUUCCUGACAAAGAACGACAUCCACAACUACAUGAGACAACACAAGGAGAAGAUGCAUAUCCAUUAUACCGAAGGAGAGACACUGGAAUAACGGUGGACGUACGAGGACAAACUCUUGAUAACAGAUGGGUUGUCCCUUAUAACCCAAGGCUUUUAAUGAUGUAUAAUUGCCACAUGAAUGUCGAGGUUAUUCAUGUUGAUCCAGACGCACCAGAUGUUAUUAUUAAUGAGAUAAAGAGAUUUCAGGAUGCACGCUAUGUAUCCCCCCCAGGAGCCUUACAACUUCAUCUCCCGAAUAAGCAGAUGGUUAGAUUUAGAGAAGAUGAUUCUAUGUUAGCAAUUGUUGAUAGGGAAAGAGAUAAAAGAACCAUGCUGACUGCAUUUUUUGAGUAUAACCAUGGGAAUGAACCGGCAAGGCAAUAUUUGUAUAAGGAUUUCCCGAAACACUUCACAUGGAACGCAUCCUCACGUCGUUGGUGUCCUCGUGCUACUAGGCCACAAAGAGGUCAUAUUGUUAAUGCCAAUCCAGCCGAAGGGGAAAGAAAAACAGCUCUUGAGGUAGGCUUGAUAGAGAAUGAUAAUAGUCUAUCGCAAUGUCUCACAGAAGCGUCUCUAUUCCAAUUUCCCAAAGCUCUUAGAAGGUUAUUUGCAACAAUAAUGAUUUUUUGCGAACCUGGUGAUAUUCGUAAGCUGUGGAAUGAUCACUUUGAUGCACUAUCUCAAGACCACUGGUUACAAUUUGAAAGUUCAGAACGCGUUCAAAAUAUGGUUCUUAUUGACAUCUGGGUAAUCCUACAGUCCAUGUGUAAAGAUAUUGAUGAUUUUAAAGAUCUUCCAAAAAUAACAGAACACAACUUACAAUUUCCAGUUCAUCGUGAGGUGCAAGAGGAGUAUGGGAUAGUUGUGGAACCUGAACACUUAUCUGCCAUAGAUGAACUUAAUUCAGACCAAAAAAGAGUGUUUGAUGAGAUUAUGUCACAUGUGGAUAAUGAUCGUCCAGGUGUGUUCUUUAUAGAUGGCCCGGGUGGAAUGGGAAAAACAUUUUUGUACAAAGCUUUGCUUCCUCAAGUACGUUCACGUGGUCUUAUUGCUCUUGCGACAGCUUCAUCAGGUGCCACAACUAAUAAUAUGCCAGGUGGGAGAACGGCUCACUCGAGAUUCAAGAUUCCCAUUUGUGUUAAUAACAAUUCGAUGUGCAACAUAAAAAAACAAAGUAGGGUAGCUGCACUAAUUAGGUCCUCCAAGUUAAUUAUAUGGGAUGAGGCAUCGAUGGCAAAACGUCAGGCGAUAGAGGCAGUUGAUCGAACAUUGCAAGACAUUAUAGGUGUUAGGCUCCCAUUUGGUGGAAAGAUAAUGGUUAUGGGGGGAGAUUUUAGACAAGUGUUGCCGGUUAUUAAACGUAGAACUAGAGCACAAAUUGUAGACUCUAGCCUGCGGAUGUCGCCUAUUUGGUAUUUGACUAAAAAGAUGCGGUUGACGAUAAACAUGAGAGCGCUAAAGAUCCAUGUCUUUCCGUCAAUUCAAAGCAAUGUAUAUUCUUCUAAUUAUAUAAUCUCUAGAGCAAUAUUGUCCACUAAAAAUGACAGUGUUGAUGAGAUCAAUGAUCAAAUGAUUGACAUGUUUCAAGGGGAUGAAAUGGUUUACUAUAGUUUCAAUGAAGUCGAAGACAAUCGCCACAACUUCUAUCCGGUCGAGUUCUUAAACUCACUAACUGUUAGUGUUCCCCAAACUGCUACGGCAGCUACUACUGAUUUAUUAGUUAAAGAGGAUAUCGAAGAAGAAAAUCAACCUCAAAAAGAUGUAACAAUCAAACAGGGAGAGAUACAAGAAAUUCCGGAGGACGUUGAUCUCGAUGAUGAGAAAUUGUCGUCUGACAAUAUGGAUGAGAUCCUUGAGAUGUUUAAGCCGUAUGAUUAA